GAAAUCAUUACCUAAUCAUAUGUUUAUGAUUUGUAGGGAGGAUGGUCUCUGCAUGCGUCAAACCCACGUUGGCACUCUGUUGAUUCCAUGGCCUCUCGGUUGACCUGCUUCCCCUACACUUUUAUAUACUCCGAUACUGCGCGAGCUCGGAGUUGAUUCUCUUCUGGAAGAAGCAACGGAGGAACGAGAGAACAAUGCGCGAUGGCGGGUAGGCGUUUAUAACGUCGGCAAGCACCAAAGUCAACCUUCCAUUUGGCUCAACAGAGGCCGAUCGCACGGCCAAAGCUCCCAAGCUGAUUGAGACGUCGAGAAUACGCUUCAGUGCUUUAAAACUCCCGCACCCUCUCCCGUCUUUCUUCGUCUCCGGCGUUGUCUUGUUGCCUUGUCUGAUGUCGAUACCGCAGGUCGACCGCGAAGCACUCGCCUGCUGCGACGGGAGCGAUCCGACGGUAGCCGACCGCAUCGUGGACCUCCAGCUGGAGUCUAUCGAGGCGCAGAUCGGCCGCGGCGAGGGCGCCUUGACCAGAACAUUCGCCCCCGUGCUUGAGCGCAAGGAAUCCGCCAAGGCGCAGGCUCAGCAGCGGCCGAACGCCAACUCCAUCCCCAACCCCAAGCUGCCGUCCUACUCGCAGCGCUUCUCCGGCUGCCUUCAGGCCAUCCUCCCUGGCAUCGACCUCGGCCGCAAGUUCCAGCAUCUCGGCGGCCGCCUCGGCCGCGGCAGGCGCCGCAUCAACAACGUUUCCAUCUUUCCCAGGAAGCUAUUCCGCAUCAGCGGCAAUGGCAGGCGGACCUUUGUGGUGCCUGACGAAGAGCCCGGGUCACCCAAGGUUUCGUGCUUCGGGGAGGUCCUGGUCGAGGGGGACGGGGUUCGGAGGCGGUCCCGCCGAUCGUCGAGGGAGGAGGGCGGGGCGGAGCAUGCAGGGUGCUGGCCGAGCUUACCAGCGGCGUUAUGCUGCGGCAGCCGCGUCGGAGACGGGCCGUCCGUGACUGCCGCUACGGAGACGCAGCCGGCGGAAGUGCCGGGGACGCGGAGGGUGGCGGCGGAGCCGGCGAAGGAGCCGCCAAAACUGGGGCAGAUGUCGCGGUUCGCGUCGGGCCGCCGGCCGACGACGUGGCUUGGGGACCUGGACUCGAAUCAUGUGGUAUUGAUUGUACUCGAAUCAAAUGAUAUAACGAAGCUUCCCAAGUUCUCUUGAUAACACGGACGA